CAGAAUGUCGUCUCGAGCAUUGAGGAAACUUCAAAGGAAGAGAGAUGUUGUUUCGUCAGUGGUUUCUGUAGCACAUGAAAGCAGUGAUAGAAACUCUGAUUCUGAUGCAGAGUCGGUCGUCACUCCCAAAAAGAAUCCAUUUGAGCUGUUGGGAUCUGAGAAUAGCGACGAAGCCGCUGAAGAAAGCGACAGUCCAGUCAGUGUCGUUCAGCGUCCAUCCACAGCACCCAGCAGUAGGAAGAAAAAAGCAGCCAAGAAGCAAUCAAAACAGACACUACAGCAAGACAAUCAUGAUGAUAUCGACAAAAUUUUAAAGGAGCUGCAUGACGAGUAUGGAGAUAUUGGUCUCUCUACCAAUGCCAUUGAGGCUGUUAAUAUGAAGACUAUACUUGAUCAUCAUUUUGCGAUUGAUUCUCGCAUGUUGGAUGCUGAUGUUGAAAUGAGUCGAGUCUUUGGUUCUAAAGUCGUCCGUGAUGAAAUCCGUGCCAAAAAGUAUGCCAAAACAUCCAAACGAACCAUACUUGUUCACUGUCGUCAGGCAUGGUCAAAACUCAGCAAUACUGGAAUUUCCAUGGAAGUUGUUCAAACAAAUUCUACUAUUCAGCCCACAGUAUUCUCUUUUGUGCACUCCAAAGCAUACCAAGAAGGCCAACGCCAGUUUGUUCAAGCAAUCGAAUCGCACAAUCCUGAAGCACUUACAACUCUCCUCCAGUUUUAUCCAUCCAAUGUAGAUAUUUUACUUCAGCUGAGUGAGAUCUGCAAGCACCAGAACGAAAUCGCGCCGGCUGGGGAAUUGGUUGAGCGUGCUCUUUAUACAUUUGAACGAUCAUUCCAUUCUCUAUUUAAUAUAUCUGCUGGAAACUGCAAAAUAUCCUAUGACCGAGUUGAAAACCGCUCGUUUUUGAUCUGUUUGUAUCGCCAUAUUGAGCAUCUAUCACGCAAAGGGUGUUGGCGUACCGCAUUCGAGUUCCAAAAACUGCUUGCAAACAUAGAAGUUGGAAACGAUUCUCUGUGUAGCUUGUUGUUUUUGGAUAUAUAUGCUAUCAAAUCAAAAGAAUUUGUUUGGUAUAAAAAGUUUUGGGAAGAUUGUGCAGGUGAGCAAAAGCUGCACACACUUCCAAAUGUUGCUUAUUCCAUUGCGUUGAUUCAUUGGGAGCUUGAACGUGAACAUGGAGAGAAUCACGAUUUUAGCUCACAGUUGCUACAACAGGCUAUAGCUCGGUUUCCUACCACAUUCAAUGCAUUGACCAAGGAUAUCACAUCAUCUCAGCAAAUUUUUGUCAAUAGCCCAUUUUUUUAUUCUUACAAAGAACACGGCCGCACAAGUGAAUCAGCAUUCGAAAUGCUUGGUAUCCUGUAUGCUGAAAAAGCAACAUCGGUUUGGAAAGUUCCUGAACUUUUAUCCUGGCUUAACUCACAAGCAACAAUUGUAUCUGAAGAUGCGUCUCUAGCUACUCCUCCAAAGUAUAUUGAAGAUGCUUUGCAAUUUAGAGUGCUUCAUCCAUCAACAGCGCUUCCGUUUUUACGCAACGUGUAUCGUAUUAUUUUUAUUUCGGAUAUUCGGUCAUUGAUUAGCUAUAUUCCUCAAACUACUUCUGCAGAAGAUAUGGUCAUGUAUGAUCCUUUCCCACCACUGAAUGUGGAAAAAUCAGUCUAUGCCGAGUAUCGAGAAACAUUAUUGAACCAGCAUAAUGAAGCAGGAUCAGGCGAGUCAUACUUGGAUAUGACUCGCCGGUGGUUUGCAGGCAUCCUUGCACGAAAUAACGGCAACCUGGAAGGCGAAGCUAGACAUGAGGAAAAUGAAGACGCUCAUGAGGAGGAAAUUGAAAGAGAUAUGAAUGAUGAUCCACAUGAUGAGGGUAUGAAUGUACCAAACGAAACAAGUGGAUUGAGGAGUUUAUUUGAGCGUAUUGGUUUGGGAGGGAUCCUUGGAUCAACUGGCGCCUCAAAUGAUCAACACGAAGCAACCGAUGAACAUCCCAACAAUGAUGUCACUGACUAGCUUUAAAAAGCAAUUGGCUUGAUAUUACAAACUCGACGUUUGUGGUGGAAACCAUUUGAUUGAAUAAACUUGCAUCUUUUGUUUUG